UGGCAGUGGUAAACAGACGUCAAAGGGAGUCUUCGCCUCGAGUCAAAAAUAAACAAAAAAAGAUAUACGAUGAAUGAAUAUUUGGACAUCCAGAAUAGCCACAAGUCAAGCGAAACUAACGAAUGAAAGGGGGAGAAUUCCAAAGGAAGGUACUGAAGCCUUUUUUUCCGACUUUUGAAAGGAUUUUAAACUCCGAAAAUAACUGGAGUUAGCCAGCAGCUAACUUUAAGUGGCUAUCACGCUAUUUAAAAAAACUACGUUUGGUGUAUGGAGUCGAGCCGAGGUGGGAGAGCCUAAACUCCAAUAAACCGUGGAUUACGAACCGUGCUUUAAAUUGGCCACAAGACGCGGACUGAUCCAAUUUUAGGCACACUGAAGGUUUGUGCUCGCGCGAGCAUCGUGUGCUGCUGCGUGUCAAGAAACAUGGCAGAUGGUGACACGCGCUUGCCCGCAAUGUGGAGGAGCGUGAAAACUUGAAUCAGAAAACCACGGACUUUCUGAUCAAUUUGUUUCUUCUAAUUUUGUUUUACAGACCACCAUGAUCAAACUGUUCAGUAAGGUUUUGCGCUCAACAUUUUAUUUUUGUCAGUCGACUAAAAUUACUUAGUAUUGUAGCCAAAGAAGUGACAGCCAGCAUAACAUUACUGUUUUGACAUCAGAAGUAAAAGUGUCAUUGCUUAGAUAAUCAAAUAUUGCAGAUUUCUUUUACUUGAAACAUUGACUAUUUUAUUGCAAGCUCCACGAAUCCAGAUUUUGUGUUCACUCUAAGUAAUAUUGUUUCACGGGAGCAGUGACAGUUAGUUGUAUGUUGAAAUCAAAAAGUUGUUGUUUACUAAAUUGCUUUGAAUUUUGAUAUCAAUGUUCAAACUAAUAUUAUAUCAACUCCAGUAUUCUAUUGAAGCGGGAGGUUAUUUCUACGAACGAAGGAGCGAGACAGCACGUUGUUUACAAGUGCAGACGGAGGCACCGCAAACCUAGUCGGCUCUUUUGUAACAGAGACCCACUGUGGUAAUCCUCAUUUGUGGGUUAUUUGAAAAGUAUAUGUGUUUGAGGGUAACUUUUAUGUUAUAAUGUUAAAGCUAAAAGAAAUACGCGAUAUAAGUCAGUUCAAUUUAUAGUGUUGUGAGAGCAAUACUUUUAUAGCUAACGUUACUUUUACCUUCAUAAACAUCGAAUAUAUUUACAUUUUUCACAACAAACCACCGAGACAAACGUUUAUAUAUAUAUAUAUUUUAAGUAUAUACCCCACAGUAACACGUUAUGUGGGCCAUAAAUUGCAUUGGUCUUUGAUUUCAAUCCAGAUGUUUUGGUGUGCAUUCCUCCCCGAGUUCUCUUUGUUCUUUUAUACAAACAAAGGAACCGUCAUCCCAGCCCUCCUCUGCUCCAUGUAAAUCGGAAGGUUUAUGAUAGUUACUAUUAAAGGGAUUAUUUGGGUCCCCUAAUCUCCAAUCUCAGGAUUAACACCGCUAUACUGGUCUAUCCAGAUUAUUGUUUCUCUCUUCUACUAGUCCCCUUAAUAGAGAAUGGAACAUAGCGUUUUUGUGUAGAUAGUUGAGGUUUAUAUAGAACUUUUGGUUAUACAAUAAUUACAUUAGACAAUAUAGUCUAAUUUUGAACAUAGACCCCUUCUUAGAUAAGAAUAGGCCUACAUUUUGUGCCUAUUACAAAUACAUGUCCCCAGAUGACAUUUUAGUCAUUUAGCGGAUGCACUUAUCCAGAGCGGUUUAGAGGAGCAACUAGGGUUAAGUGCCUUGCUCAAGGGCACAUCAACAGAUUCACAUAGUCGUCUCAGGGAUUCAUCCCUUCAGUUACUUGCCUAACGUUCUUCACCACUAGGCUACCUGCGACCCUACAAAAAUACAAUAUUGUUAUUUUGCUUUAAAAAAAAAAUUGUUUCAAUAUCUGUCUCACUAUUAUUUACCUUGACAAUUUAUUUUAUGUAGCAUCUCUUAGUUGUCUACAUUUAGGAUAGUUGUAGCAAACAAAACUUUUACAAUGGAGGGUUCGACGGUACCCAAGAUUGACCCAGAUUUUGAGCCGCAAAGCAGACCUAGGUCGUGCACAUGGCCGCUCCCCAGACCCGACAUCUCAGCUGUCAAACCGGAGGGGGCGGAUGGCCCUGAAUCUUCUGCGGGAACCCCGCCCGCCGACGACGAUAAGCAGGAGCAACAGCAAAUCAUAUCCGAGCCUGAGAAAGUUGUGGUCACAGAGGGAGGAGUCGUAGCCGGAGUAGGUGGAGCCACACCCCGAAAGGGAUCAUCCCGGCGCAAUGCAUGGGGGAACCAGUCUUACGCGGACCUGAUUAGUCAGGCUAUUGAGAACUCUCCAGAGAAGCGUCUAACCUUGGCACAGAUAUAUGACUGGAUGGUGAAAACUGUGCCUUACUUCAAAGAUAAAGGAGAUAGCAACAGCUCAGCAGGGUGGAAGAAUUCAAUUCGCCACAACUUAUCACUCCACAACAAGUUCCUGAGAGUUCACAAUGAGUCCACAGGCAAGAGUUCUUGGUGGAUGCUCAACCCAGAGGGGGGCAAGACUGGGAAAGCCCCCCGUCGCCGUGCUGCCUCCAUGGACAACAGCAGCAAACUGCUGAAAAGCCGGAUGCGAGCCAAGCAGACCAAGAAGGCAGCAGCAGGCCUGGGCGGGACCACUGGGGGAGAUGGCGACGGGGGCGCAGACAGUCCCAACUCCUCCCAGCAGUUCCCCAAAUGGGGGGUAAACAGCGGCAGCCCCUCAUCCCGUGGUAGCCUAGACGAACCUGACAUGUGGACCAGCUUCCGUCCACGCACCAGCUCCAAUGCCAGCACCCUGAGUGGCCGGCUGUCCCCCAUCGGCCCCGGCCAGGAGGAUGAGGAUGACCUGCCUGAGCAAGGUCUACUGGGCUACUCCACGGGCAACCUGCCCCCCACCCUCACUGAGACACUAAUGGAGGAGCUGGACCUGAUCGAUGGCCUGACACUGAUGACCGAGCAGCAGAGAGGGGCUAGUCCCAGCACAGCCCCACCGGCUCCCCCCACCCCUCUGCCCUCUGCCUCAACACUGCUUCCCCGGGGCUCCGGGUUCCCCUCCUUCCGCCAGCUACAGCCAUCCAACAUCUCCCAGGCCCCCAACCAGACUGGGGGACAGUCCUCAGGCACACAAUGUGGCAACAAUAACAACUCCAAACCAUUAAACUAUGGUAACUCUCUCUUUAACCCCAUGCCCAGCCCUGGCUCCCGUGGGACUGGUCUCUAUGGCACUCAUGUUCCCUCCAGCUUGGAGGCGUUGCUCACCUCGGACUCCCCGCCUCCCAGUGAUUUCAUGAUGACCCAGGUGGACCCCCUUAUGCCCAGUCCUGGUGUCGUGGGGAUGAUGGGCAUGGGGGGGCCCAUGGUGGGAGGGCGGCCCAAACCAAACCAGCUGUUGCUGGGGAAGGGGCUUGAGUCAAACAAUGUGGCAUCCAUGAGGAUGCAGUCCCAGCUCCAACAGCAGCACUCUCAGCUGGGCCUGGGCAUGAUCCUGUCAGGCAUGGCCCAAGACUCUCCACAGCUCUCAGCCCUCAAAGCUCAGCAUGCACAGCUGCCAGGUUUGGGGCCUCACCACGGAGGGGGCCUAUCCAAUAUAGGAGGAGGUCUGCCAGGGAUGGGCCAGUUCGGAACGCCGAGCUCCUUCCUACCAGGUCAAGACCGCUUGCCCACCGACUUGGACAUUGAGAUGUUCACAGAGAACUUGGACUGUGACGUGGACUACAUCAUCAACAGUGACCUCAUGGAUGGAGAGGGCAUUGAUUUCAACUUUGACCCCAUAGGUGGGCAAAGCUACUCUGGCCCUGCAACUACGCAGAGCGCCACCCACAACUGGGUACCCAGCUAACUUCUCAGCAACCUUGCAGUGUUAGCCAGGUAAGGAUCCCCAAUCACACACAAACUCAAUGACACCUACAACAAAGAACACACCUGGUGCAUGCAUUCCUAAUCCUCAUCUCCCUAUUGGCUGAAGAUCCAAUUCCGAAGCAAUUUUUUAAACCUUUGUGCUUGUACUUUUGAUGAAACCAGACCUCAGACAUCCAUGUCAGGGGCCAUCCAUGUCCCUCCCCCUAGUAACAGUUGCAACUUUUGGGGACUUUGCCGUAUUUUUAUGAGUGUUUGAGAAAAGUAUGACAGAAUUUAUUUGGAGUGAAAAGAUGAAGCACAACUAACAACUCUUAAGUUAAUAUCACAAUGACUAUUAUUACUAUACCAAAGUAGUUUUAGGAUUGAUAUGGUACACUUCCUUGAUGUCUUUGAUAUUGAAGGUGAAAUGGACAGUGCACACAGGAAGAAAUUGCCAGUUUUCAUGUAAAUUGUAGGUGGUUAACUAUUACCGACAACCGCCAACUUGGACAUGAAAUGACGCUGCUGCAUCUUUAUGGAGGGAAUGAAGUUCCAACACACUCCUCUGGACUUUCCUCAAUUCAAAUAUUGAGAAGAUGACACGAGCAAAGGCUGAUGAUGUUAAGUCAUUGGAUGAGACCAAGUAGAUAUGAUUUCACAUUGGACUCCGCAUGUUGACCGAACGUAGUCUAACAUUUGGUCGCUUGGUGGUACGAAACAUGUGCUUCUGUUUCUUUUUCAUUGACGAGACCGGAGCUGCAAAGUAACUAGGAGUUAUGUCCGUAGUCAUUUAACAGUACAGGGUAUGUGAUAUGCAUUUACCGCUUGGCAUUCAUGACUCCGCUCAGUGUGUGCUAAAGAGCAGGGUAGAAAACACUUUGGUGGAGUUUUUUAUUUUCCUGCUGUGCAGUUACACUAACAAUGUGAAGAAAAGUGAUUUGUGAGCUUUUUACAGGGGGCAUUCAAAGGUAAUUGUAUUUGCCAACAAAUUAUUUGGUUGACAAAGUGUUAUAUCAUUGAAAGCAGUUUUCCUCCACUGCUUUAAGGGCCGUUUGAAGGUUUUGCGGAACUGGGUUGUGUUUCACGGCACUUGGGAGUAUUCUUGUCGUGUGGCUCCUGUACUCUAAUGGCAAAAUAAGAGACUAAACCAAGUUCGGUUGAAUCAUUUCAUCAAAGAAAAGAGGCAAGGUUGUAUACAUGCUAUGUAAAUAGACAUGUCAUGCUAUGCAGAUCAAUCAGGAGAAUUCAAAAGAAAUCUUGAAGGAAAUUGUUAAGAUCUCCUCUUGAAGGGUUUUGCAUUUAAAGUUUUCCUGCAAUGUUCUAUCCCUUAAAGUAAGGGAAACUGGGGCUUCACGUGGAAAUAUUUUCUCACUGAUAACUUUGUUAUUCAUGUUUUUUUUUCAUUAAAUUAAUACAACACGUGAGAAGUAAAAUAUUUGACUAGUUUAAUAUACAAUUUAGAUGGAGGUUAUAUGUGAAAUAUUAACAUAUAUGAAUAUAUUUCUACUACUAAUCGGACGUUAUGGAGAAAAACAAUUUCAGAUCAUUUUGAACGGUCAUUUUCUAUAUAUUCUUUUAUUUUUUGUAAAAGAUGAGAUGCAUGUAGAUUUUAUACAUAAUCAAAAUAACACUAAGAAUUACAUGGCAGAUAGGGGGUGCUUGGGACAAAAAAACAUCUGAGUGUAGAUAAGCUUCGCAAGUGGAGCCAAAGAAAGAAAGAAUAAUAACUUGAUUUUCCAAAUUGACUUGCCACUUAGUUCAUUUGACUUGAUUAUUGUGAAAUUGAAAUCCAAGUAAAAACCUGCACAUGUUAUUUACACAAUGGAGGACAUUUUGCUUACAGCAGUGAUGCUGAAUUCACAUCUCAAAUGAUGCGGCGAUCAAAUCUCAGGGUCAUUCAAAAAUAAUAAUGGAAACAUCUUCCUUAAGUGAGUAAUCAGAUAAUCAUCAGAAUUACAUUUAUUUUAGGUGAAUUUAUAUGUUAAAAUACAAGACUGGAAACCAUCAGCCCCUCGUGUUUUGCCAUUUUCUUGAUCGCGAGGCAUCCUUGACACAAGGGUCUUUGAACCAUACCACUCUCAAUUUAACACUUAAAAAUAUAAAUUCUAAUUUUACUUUCUAAGAUGGAAAUAAACAAGAGAUCUUUAGUCAUGUAUAUCAUAACAAUAGUCUUGUUCGAGGUUGUUAAACUGCCAAUAUUGAACACUAUAGCAUGUUAUUCAAUAGCAAGAUGCACCAUGUCAUUUUUCAUGUUUUUUUCCUUUUGAAGAUGAGUUUUGUAAGAGGAAGUUUGUAUU